AUGACUGCUUCAAUGAUGAUAGUGAUGAUGAAAGAUGUACUAAUUACAAAUCAACAACAAUUAAAAAGCCCAGCAGAAGUAAACACGGAUCGUGAUACAAAAAACACAACAAACAAAAUAGAAAAUAAAACAAAAUUCAACCAGAGCAGCAUAAAUAAAAAUAGUAUAUAUCCAUAUGAAGACUUCCCAAACAGAAAUGACAAUAAUAAUAUAAUAAUAUUACAAUGGAACAUAAGAGGAAUGAGAAACAAUUUACCUGAAUUACAAAUAUUAAUAGCAAAAUACAAACCUCACAUCAUCUGUCUCCAAGAAACAAAAACAACUGAUGACAAACAAAUAAUCUUAAAAAAUUAUUCAUCAUACUAUAAAGCAGCCACUCCAACUAAGACAAAUCCAUCAGCUGGAACAGCAAUAUAUAUACAUCAUAAGAUCACACAAUCUUCUCAUCAACUAAAAACUGAUCAUCACUUCAUAGCUUCAAGAGUCACAUGCAACAAAUCAUUUACCAUAUGCAAUGGAUAUAUCAAACCUAAUAAUAUAAUGAAAUCGGAAGAAUUAAAACAGUUAAUUCAACAAAUCCCUAAACCGUUUCUCCUCGUCGGCGAUUUUAAUGCUCACAACCAGUUAUGGGGAUCCCAAAACUCAAAUACCCAAGGCAAAGAAUUAGAAAAAACCAUUAUAGAAAAUAACAUUUGCCUCAUCAAACCAACAGCUCCAACAAUGUUCCAUGAGCACACAAAUACAUCAUCCAUAAUUGACCUAGUUAUGACAUCCCCAACAAUGUUUGAAGAUAUUGAAUGGGAAGCUGAAGAGGAUCUUCACGGCAGUGAUCAUUUCCCAAUAAUUUUAACAAUGAAAAUUAAAGCAACAAAUUAUGAAUGUUACAGAUUGAACUACAAUAAAAUAGAUUGGAAUAAAUUUAAAAUAUUCACAGAUUCGUUGUCAACUCUCCUAGCAUUGAAACAGUACUAUCCCCGCCAUCAAUUAAUUCUUCAGAUCCAAAACAAAAUACAUGAUAUAAUAAGCAAUAAAAAUCAUAUUUCAUUAAUCUGGAUUCCUAGCCACAUUGGUAUUGAAGGAAAUGAAAGGGUAGAUCAAUUGGCAGCACAAGCGCACUUGGAUCCCCCAUCAAACAUUCCAAUUCCAUAUUACGACAUAAGAGUGAUGAUAAACGACCUCAUAUGUUCCAAAUGGCAAAAAGAAUGGGAUAAAAUAACUAACUUCCUCAAAAUAGUUAUGCCAGAACACAAAACACCAAAAUCAACGAACUUAGUAGAAACAAUUUAA